AUGAGUUUAUUUAGUAAAGCAAAAAAAUAUCUCUAUAAAUCAUUACGACAACAGUGUUUGAAUCAAAAGUUAGCUGAAUAUGGUGAGGCAAAGAAACUCCUUUUCGGUUUAACUGAUUUUAAUUACAAACCUGGCUAUAGAGAACAUAAAUAUUUUGAAUAUUUGCUUCCAUCUAAUGCAUGGAGUGAACUUACUUUAGAAAAUAAUAUAAAGAAUAAAGCACUCUUAGAGGCAUAUUAUCCAGAAGAGAUUAAUUCUCAAUAUAUAAUUCAGCUCCUUCGUCCUAUAUUAGAUAUUGAUACAAGGCAAAAAUCAGAUUCUACAAAUCCAGAACUUCUUUCUUUAGAUAGUGAAAAAAUUAUUCAUAAAGAUUUGAUGUCUAGAAUAUUAAUUGCCUGUGCAGAUGCAUUCGAUCUUAAAGGCUUUACAGAAAAAGUCAUUGAAUUAGUAGAAAAACCUUACUCGAAGUUUAUUGAUAUUAGCCUUCCUAAGUUAUGUUUUAGUCUUCGACUUCUUAGAUUAGCAAAAGAAAGCAGAGUUAAAAGACCUGCAAUCACUUCAGCUAAAAAUAGAUUUUACAAGUUAGAAGAUUAUUUAGUUCAGCCUAAAGCAAAUUGUUCUCUUGAGAUCAGAAAAAUUAGAAAAAGAUUAAUUAACUUUCAAGUGCAAUUACCUAACGAAUGUCCUAUUUGUGAAGUUAGACAUAAAAGGUAUCAAUUAUACAGAUUUCUUCUAAAAGAUGAGCGUUUUAUACUCAAAUAUUUUCAGCAACAACAAUAUAAGCUAGAUCACAAGGGAUUGAUAUUUAGCGAAUAUCUAUGCCUACUUGUAGAUUUAUCUGGAAAAAAUAUUAAUAUUAAAGAGAUAAAAGAUGCACCAGAAGCUUAUUCGGAUUUCUCGAGUAAAGAACUCACUACAACCUUAAUUCGUUCACCUGUUGCUUUUAGGAAAACUAAAACUUUAAGAGAGAUUCUUAAUUCUUUAGCUAAAAGUGAAGCGAAUUUACCUUGCUUUAACUGGAUUUCAUAUUGUAAAACUCUUAGCAAUGAGACUAAAGCUAAAGUUGAAAUAUUACAAAAUUCAGGACUUUGUAUAUGCUAUUAUCAGGAAAAUGGUGGUUAUUCUUAUGUAGUUAUCUUAGAUGAAGCGAAUACUAUUAUGCGUCAAAUGUCUAGUGAGAUCUAUGCUCGAGAAUCAGAAAAUGCUAUGCGAGAUUUGUUGAAGUUUGCUGUUCAUAUUAUAGCUAUAGAUGCUUUUGGAAACAAGUCAAUAUUAGCCUUUCUCAAAGCUUAUCAAGAAGCUAGUAUCUCCUUUAAAAUUUCUAAUCAUUUCAAUGCAAUAAUAGUAAUUAGUAAUAUCAAUAUAAGAGUUCAUGUUAAAGCUUUUGCACAAAUGCUUUAUCGAAUUCGUAAUUGUCUAUAUCAUGCUAUCUCUCUUUACAAUAGCAAAAAACUUGGUAUUUUUAAAGAACCAAAUCAUAACCUUAUUUGUACAGAACUUUUAGCCUUAAAACCUGAGGAUUUACUAACAGCAGUAAAAGGAUAUCGUGAAUGGAAUAAAAUUUCUGAUUGCUAUAGACUUGAUUUAUCUCUAGCAGUAAAGAUUUAUAUAGAGGUUGAAUAUCAGAAACGUUUAUCAGUUAAAUACUUUUUGGAAAUUCUUUGUAGUCUUAUUGCUAGUACCAGAGUAUCUCUUGAGUUAAUUACAAUAGAAGAGACUAGCUUGGCAAAAGUUACUCGUGUAGAAGUAUCUAAUAUAAUCAAGAAAGUUGCAAAAAAAAUCGAAGUUGCUGAUACUGAAUUAAUAGCUAAUUUUCUAGAUAUUAGUCUCAAUGAAGCUAAAAUGCUUAAGCUAAAUCUUAUACAUUCUUUUACUGAUAAUAUGAUUCUACAACAGUAUUAUUUAUGGAAAAUUUAUGCUUUAGGUGACAUAGGAAAAGACUUGUCUAUUUCCAAAGACAAGGAAGCUGUUCAUAAUCUUUUCCAAUCAUUAGGUUUUACUGGCAUAAAUGAUGAGCACAUUCUCUUAGGUGAUGAUGUGGCAAAAGCCAAAGGAAUACUUGAUCUCAAUACUACAAUAAAAUUCAUCAAUGCAGUAGUGGGUAAUUGGUGCAGUUAUGCUAUCAAGA